CGACUCCCGCGCGCAGUCCAAGCAACCUACCUCGAACCCCUCAAACGAACUCCCACCCAUCGCAUCCCCACCUGCGAUCUCCAACUCCGCUCCUACAGCCUGCGCAACCUCGAGGUCUUCACCGACUUUGCCAUGCGUGCCGCCUACUACCUCAAUCUCCCCGUCUCGGGUCCCGUACCGCUACCGCGCAUCACCGAGCGCUGGACAGUGCCGCGCUCCAACUUCAUCUUCAAGAAGUCACAGGAGAACUUUGAGAGGAUUACGCUUCGGCGACUACUCCAAGUCCAAGACGGGAAUGCCGAGGUGGUGAGCAUCUGGUUGGCGUUCCUGCGCAAGUAUCAGUACUUUGGCGUGGGGGUGAAAGCGAAUGUCUACGAGCAUAGCGGGUUGGAC